CAGCCUCUACCUCUCCGUCGCCUCUGUCCUUCAGGCGAAUCAGUCAGGCAAAGCUAGCUCAGAGAUUUGUCUGCAGCACUCUAGGCUGUCAACGCUUUGAAAUGCUCGCCCGCGUCACGCGUGGAAGCCGCAGCGGUACAGUCGAAGGCACGGUGAAUGUGGUAUCUGAAGCAUUCUGCUAGGCGGCGAUCAGCAACAAACACUUGCCCCCGCUAUCUGCUUGAUCAUAUUCCUGCGACUAUGACCCUAGUAUUCAUGGCAAUCGCCACGCCACAGGACAGGGCACGGCAUUUCGCAUCCCGUCCAUCUCUCCGCAGCUCACCUGCGAUUCCAUUCCCUUCGAGUCGAUGCUCGUCGUCGCUGCGUCCUGCUGUGCUCCUCGGUUUCUCCACACCUGCUUCGUUUGCAACAAAAUCCCACGUUCCCUCCGUCAAGUCGACGCUCGCCGACGCUGCUUCCAUCCGCGCCCGUCGGUUUCUACCGCCUCGGAAUGCGUCAACUGUCAGCAUCUCUGUACAGAUCGCAUCAUCUCACCAUCGCUCCACCGCAUCAGAGCGAUCAGCAGCGCAACGAGCCUGCGCGUUAGUACCCACGAGUAACGGGCCAUUCUCAGGAACAGGGGCCGGCUCAGAGCCCUCGUUGCGUCAGACGCCUCGCUUCCGCUCGACUAGUACUAAAGCUCGCACCACUGGCGUCAGCGACUGCUGACGUCAGCGUCAGCUCCUUCGAAGCAGCGAGUCGCAGCUUCUGUGGCUCUGAGCGGACGCGUCAUACACUCGGGUGCUUGAGCUCCCUGGCUUGUCUCUUCCAACCCACCGCGGGCUUGAGCUAUUUUGUGCUACGGUCCUUUCAGGAACCGUUUCCCCAGAUUUUCUGUAACACAGAGCUACACACGAAACGUUCUCCUUCUUAACUCACCUAAGGCCAUCAGACCGCACACUUUUAACAGCGGCCGGCGCCGUGAUGCCUUUUGAGUCGACUCCUCAGUCACCUUUAACAGCAGCCGGCGAGGGCGGCGUGAUGCCUAGAUCUAUGACCACAUGCAAGGACAUGCUAGGAGGGCCUGUGCAGCCAUGCAGAGACCAAAUCGGGGCACAGCCUGUGAACCAUGAAGCUUGGUUCAAUUGGGGGAAGUCACAAGUGUUUGCAGUCAUCGGCUUGCCUGUAGCGCUACUGCUGCUCCUGAUGAUGAUAAUUGCUCACGGCGUCUCCCCUGCACCCAUACACCCUGUCUACGGCGGUUUGGCACGGAGAGAGCGUGAGGGGGGGCAACAGCGGGUGGCACGAUUUGUUGGGGUGCUUGCAGCACAGGUGAGGCUGAUGGAAGGGGCGACGGCAGGGAGGAGGGACCUUCAGGAGCAGGUGGUCGGAUUGGCCCUGAAUGGUUCAGCCAUGCAAGAAGCGACCGGCACUGGUGCUACCAGCAACACCGGUAGCACAAGUGCUGCUGACAGCCCUGUUCCUUCUGAUAAUGGCACCACGGCUGGGAACACCGCUGCUGCUUCUGCUGGUAACUUCACUUGGGAUGGUGACGACACAGCUCCCACCAGCAUAGUUCCUGCAGGAAAUGGCACUCUUGCUGGUAACGGCACUCUAUCUGGCAACAGCAGCACUGGUGCUAAUGGCACCCCGUUUGACAACGGCCGUGCUGGUGCUAAUGGCAGAGGUCCAGGUGCAGAGGAGGUGGUGCGGUACUUCACAGUGGGUCAAGAGGCAUUUGUGUGGGGGGCUCCUCUCGUGACCUUCUUCCGCCAGCAGGCCACCCGUGCUGCCCUCAACGCCUUCUUCUACGCCAACACCACCGCUGUCGUCGGCUUGACAGACGUGGCUCUCCCCAACGUGGACACGGUGUAUGGCGGAUCCUUCCUGUACCUGAGAGACCAGCCCAUGGUGCUCAGGACUCCCAACUUUGGUGUUGGCCGUUACUACAGCGCGGGUUUCUUCCAGCCCUACUACUCUGCAUUCAGCGUCAACGGCAGCCGCGCCAACGGUCCAGGCCCCAACACGUUCACUGUUGUCGGGCCCGAGUGGGAAGGGGAUGUGCCUGCUGACCUCGCACGCACGGUCAUACGGUCCCCCACCAACGAUGCUCUUCUGCUGAUGCGAGUGGUCGUAUCACAAAACGUUACAAACGACCUUGCUACGGUGCUGUCCCUCUACAGUCAAGUCUCGCUACAGGCACUCUCGGAGGCACUGGGCGGGCCUGCAGUUCCUCCCCUCCCCAAUCCGCCCCUCCCCAGCUCCAACCUGUCCGAGGCCCUGCAGCGCUUGACAAUAAUAGGCGAGGGGAUUCAACGCGAUCCUCCUGUGAAUAACAGCGCCAACAACCGAGUGCUUAGAAUGCUCGCCACUAUUAACGUGACGCAGCAGUGUGGCUUCGACCCCUACAGCGUGACCCAGCCUCAGGCAGCAGCUCUGGAGGCAGCGAGGGAGUUAACGGACCAAGAGUUGAGGGCAGCAAACAGAAUCAUUCAGAUCAACGAGUCACUCAUCCAGUCUGACGAUUUCUUUUCGUCGUCCCUCAACUGGCUCGGCCACGACUUCAGCACGGAGUUCUUCUAUCGAGCCACGUUCUCACAAGCAGGUGGCAUUGGGGCACUCCCUGCCACUGAGGUCGUCUACUUUCUCGCCUUCCUUGCCCAGGCUGUUCCUUCUCUGCAAGAGCUGUCGCCGUGGAGAGCACCGUCUGCACCCCCCUUACUGGCACCUCCCCUCUCUGCGAAUACUACAACCUCUCCCAACACCACUAUUCCUCCCAGUAGUGAACCUAUCUUUCCCAACAGCACCACAUUGGGCAACUCCACUACACCAACCAACACCACCACUGCAUCGGCGAACGAGACUUUUCUCGAAACCCCCCGUCUCCCCUCCCCCCUGCCCCCGCUCCGCAGCUUCCCGCCCUUUAUCCCCCUCGAAGGCUACCUCUGCUUCCGCCUCCGCCUCACCCCUCCCCCUGUUGACUCCUUCUGGUCCGUCACUGUUUACAAUAGCACCUCUCUUAAUCUCCUGGAGGGAGUUUCCAAGUAUGGCGUGGGAGAUCGGACGCCAGGUUUGCUAUACAACCGCGAUGGCACCCUUACCAUCUACAUUCAACCCACUUCUCCUGGCCAGGCGCUUGAAGUCAAUUGGAUUCGUACUGUGUAUUCGUCAAGGAGUGCAGUUGUAGUGAGGGCGUAUGGCCCCUCUCCUCUCAUUCUCAAUGGAACAUACAGCCCGCAACCAGUUCAGCUCUUCCCUCCAGGGCCCACCUGUCAGUCACAACAGGGCAAUUUCUGAGCCUGGCUAGGGAAUCAGACGGAUUUCGUCUGAUAUCUGAGACCCUGCUCGGCAGUCCUUGAUCUUGCAGUUCUCGCGUAAUUGUACAGCAUGCUAGACUCCUGAAAUGCUGAUGUCUUUUUAACACUUCCAACAAUCCAGA